UUAAUUCGGUCGAGGAUCCCGAGUUGUUAAGUCGAAAAACUUCGGUGGUCAACACCAAUGUCCAAUAUUGUUCGGUGGCAAAAACAGCGUUGGGAAAAAAUAAGAUAAUCAUGGGAGCGGAAGUUGACUGUAUUGGUGAAUCAAAACCCGAGAGACACUUGGAUCCCAUAAAUAAUUAUAUAGAAUUAAAGACCUCGAGAAUUAUAAAAAGAGAGGAAGAGAACUACAAAUUCGAGAAAUACAAACUCCUAAAGUUUUGGGCACAGUCAUUCCUGAUUGGUAUACCUAGGAUUAUCGUUGGAUUUCGAGAUGAUAAUGGGAUCGUCAAGAAUAUACGUGAAUUCAAGACCAUGGAAAUUCCUAGAAUGGUCAGAGGAAAGAAUGGGAUGUGGGAUGCCGCAGUUUGUCUGAAUUUUGCCAAUGAAUUUUUCGAUUGGUUGAAAACUAUCGUGAUCAUUGACGAUCCAAGAUCAUCAUAUACCAUCUCUUACAAACAUCCAUUUCAAAGCAUUGAAGUAACGUUUUCUGGGUCGACAAAUUCAGUUUUGGCCGAAAGGCACCUCGA